CCUUGCUCCUGUCCAUUGUCCUUAUCGAUUACUUCUUCCUUAGCCUUCUAACCAUCAUCCAUACAAUACUACGCUCACAAGCACUACAUCAUUAACGACCAUGACAUCUACUGAGAAAAGAAUUCAAGCAUUUCGUCUUAUCAACUUGAAUGGGUCACCAACGCCAGUAUCAAAUUUACAAUAUAUUGAGGCCCGGCUUGACCGUCAAACCCAACAGUACACCAUCCUCUGGAGUGACAUUGUCUCUGCUUACAAGGAUGCAGUUUAUAUAAAGAAAGGAAAAAUGAUUUUAUCCUUCCUUCUGGACGAUAAUUCUGAAUGUAUAAUACCACUUCGGAUCCGCGCAGAGCCCGAUAUUGCAUUGGACAUAGUCAUUUCUCCUCAGUCAGACAGUUCAAGAGAGGCAUAUCCAGGCUCAACAAUAUCUCAAGGAGGGGAAAUAGAAGGAUUGGUAGCAUCAGAGUCAUAUCAACCGGCUAUCUCUAGUCUUCCCAAAAUAGGGAACACUGGUGACUGUCAAGGCCUCAAGAUAGAUAUGGAGGAUAUUUUCGAGAGAGAUGAUGGCGCAGCUUCUUCAACAGUAAGUGAUUUUCACUCAGAGGACCUUCCAAGUUACGAUUCUGCAAUUUCGAUAGGAUUGGUUGUUGGAGAGAGUGCGGAUUUGAAAGCGAUAUCGCUUGGUGGGGAGACUCUGCCAGACGGUGCUACUGCCCAGGCCCAUCUAGAUCUAGAUUACAUGCCCGAAGGAGAUUCAAAUAAUCAUCUGGAUGCCAUUGACAGGUGUCUUAACAGAAUCCGUCGAGGAAAUGUCAUUGCUCAAAGGAAGCUAGGCCACAUUUACUAUCAUGGAAAAGGAGUCUCACAGGACUAUUCGAAAGCCUUUGGAUGGUAUCUCAAGGCAGCCGAGCAAGGAGAUGGUGAUGCUCAGAGUAGUUUAGGCCACAUGUAUUAUCACGGCAAAGGAGUUUCACAGGACUAUUCGAAAGCCAUGGACUGGUUCCUCAAGGUGGCCAAGCAAGGGGACGCCACCGCUCAGAUCCAUUUAGGCUACAUGUACGAACAUGGUCAAGGAGUUGCACAAAAUUAUUCGAAAGCUAUGGACUGGUUCCUCAAGGCAGCCAACCAAGGAAAUGCCAUCGCCCAGAGUAAUUUAGGCCACAUGCACUCCCAUGGCAAAGGAGCUCCACAAAACUACUCAAUUGCUGUUGACUGGUAUCUCAAAGCAGCCAACCAAGGAAAUGCCAUCGCUCAGAGUAAUUUAGGGCACAUGUACUCCUAUGGCAAAGGGGUUCCACAUGACUAUUCGAACGCUAUGGACUGGUUCCUUAAGGCAGCCAACCAAGGACAUGCUACCGCUCAGAGUAACCUAGGGUUUAUGUACUCUCAUGGCAAAGGAGCUCCACAGGAUUAUUCGAUUGCCGUUGGCUGGUAUUACAAAGCAGCCAAGCUAGGGAAUGCGACCGCUCAAUACAAUUUAGGUCACAUGUAUGAGCAUGGCAAAGGAGUGUCACAGAAUUAUUCGAAGGCUAUCAAGUGGUAUCUCAAGGUAGCCGACCAGGGAUAUGCUGAUGCUCAGCACCUCAUUAAAUCAAUGUCUCAAGGUGGAAAGGGGGCCCCUAAACGCGAUGUUGAAGCAAAGCAAUGGUAUCAAAAAAACUGGAGACCAAGAUAG